AUCUUCCCGCUGGACCUAUAGGUACUUCGGCGCAGCUCUCCAUUUCCUUUCCUCUCGUGAGCCUAGGGUUUUUUCUGGUUGCGCAGCGGCGCGAGAGGGGGAGCCGCAGAAAGAUCUCCUCGGAAACAUUAGUUUACUUACAGAAGUAAUUCUGCAUUACUAAAUGGCCCCACCAGCUAAAGCUACUGCAAAGAAGCCUGAUGGCAAAGCUCAGGCUUUGAAGGUUGCCAAGGCUGUGAAGUCAGGGGCUUCUUCCCUGAAAAAGAAGACCAAGAAGAUCCGUACUUCUGUAACUUUUCAUCGUCCCAAGACAUUAAAGAAGGAGAGAAAUCCAAAAUAUCCCAGAAUCAGUGCCCCUCCCAGAAACAAGCUAGACCAGUAUCAAAUUCUCAAGUAUCCCCUCACCACUGAAUCUGCAAUGAAGAAGAUUGAAGACAACAACACACUUGUCUUCAUUGUUGAUAUCCGUGCAGACAAAAAAAAGAUUAAAGCGGCUGUAAAGAAGAUGUAUGACAUUCAAGCAAAGAAAGUUAAUACCCUGAUCAGGCCUGACGGGACAAAGAAGGCGUAUGUGAGAUUGACUCCAGAUUAUGAUGCCCUGGAUGUUGCAAACAAGAUUGGUAUCAUUUAAGCCUGAGAUUCAGCCGUUAACCAAUAUGUUUUGCUUUCAGCUUUGCAUUUUGUAUUAGUGUUUAAAAAGCUUGACUUCAAAUCCUCAGUUUUGUUUGCAUAACUUCACUUUCUAGUUGUUUUGAACAUUCUAAAGACAAAACUUGAAAGUGUAUUCUAGAGUAACUACUUUUUUACUUGAAUCCCUUUUUUGGCAGCAGUAUUAUUGAAGUGUUUCUCUCUGCUUUA